UGAAAACGCUAUAAUGAUGUAGAAUAUAUCAGACUCGCGCUCAACGUCUAUCAAGCUACUGACGUUACGGUAACUACAGAAAAAUUGAAUAUUCCGUUUCGAGCAAUGUCUACGCCGGUGAUUCGGGCGAGCGUGCGCUGCCUGCGGUCGCUGCGGCGCACGCUGCGGCUGGCCAGCGUGCCGGUGCGGCGCGCGGGCUGCGGCGGCGGCGGCGACCAGCCCCCACGCCCGGCGCCGCGCCACUUCGCGCUCGGGGCGGGCUCCCUAGCGCUCGCGCUGCUCGCAGCUGAUCACAUUUACAAUGAAAAGAGAUUCUUUAAAGCUGCCCAACUGGGGAACGUGGAAGAAAUAAGAAGACAAAUCGAAGCGUUCGGGGACGGGCGCACUCCGGAGGGCGAGGGCGUGGCGGACGUGCGGCACGCGCUGGGCUGGACGGCGCUCAUGGCCGCCGCCGCCAACGACCGCGCCGCCGCCGUGCGCGAGCUGCUGCGCCUGGGCGCGCGCCCCGACCUGCAGGAGCGCUACGCGGGCGCGGCCACGGCGGCGGCGGCGGCGGGCGUGCACCCGCUGGAGGCCAUGCAGCGGCGCGAGGACGAGUUCUGCGCGAGCAUGAACGCGCGCGCGUCGUUCCUGGGCUGGACGGCGCUGCACUACGCCGCGCUGGCCGACUCGGCCGGCGCCGCGCGCGCGCUGCUCGAGGCCGGCGCCGACCCCACCACGCGCGACCACGCUGGCCGCCGCGCGCUCCACUACGCGCGCGACCCCUCGCCCGCGCGUGACCUCAUCCUGCAGCACACGCGGCGGUGGGAGCAGGCCGCCGCGGCCGCCGCCGCCGAGGAGCGCCGCCGGUUCCCGCUGGAGCAGCGCCUCAAGCAGUACAUCGUUGGACAGCAGGCGGCCAUCGAGACGGUGGCGGCGGCGGUGCGGCGCAAGGAGAACGGCUGGGCGGACGAGGAGCACCCGCUGGUGUUCCUGUUCCUGGGCAGCUCGGGCAUCGGCAAGACGGAGCUGGCCAAGCAGCUGGCGCGCUACAUGCACCGCGACGACCCCGCCGCCUUCAUCCGCCUCGACAUGUCCGAGUACCAGGAGAAGCACGAGGUGGCGAAGCUGAUCGGCGCGCCGCCCGGCUACGUGGGCCACGAGGAGGGCGGGCAGCUGACGCGCGCGCUGGCCCGGCGCGCCGACGCCGUCGUGCUGUUCGACGAGGUGGACAAGGCGCACCCCGACGUGCUCACCGUGCUGCUGCAGCUCUUCGACGAGGGCCGGCUCACCGACGGCAAGGGCAAACUGAUUGAGUGCAAGAACGCCAUCUUUGUGAUGACGUCGAACCUGGCCGCGGACGAGAUCGCGCAGUACGGGCUGCAGCUGCGAGGCGAGGCCGAGGCCCGGGCUGCCCAGCGCGCGCGCGCCUCGCCGCUGCCCACCGCCGACCACAAGGUGGAGGUUCGCGCCGUCACGCCAGUCGCCGGCGUCGUGGAGAAACCGUCGUCGGAAACGUUGCAAGCGUCGCACCGCUUCCGCGAGGGCCUGGUGCGCGCGGCCCUCCAGCGGCACUUCGGCCGCGACGAGUGCCUCGUGGAGGCGCGCGACAAGGCGCCGGUGCCGGUGGCGGACGAGGCGUCGGAGCCGCUGGAGGUGUCGCGGCACUUCAAGGACAGCGUGGUGCGGCCCAUCCUCAAGCGGCACUUCGGGCGCGACGAGUUCCUCGGCCGCAUCAACGAGAUCGUGUACUUCCUGCCCUUCUCGCGCCAGGAGCUGCUCACGCUGGUCAGCCUGGAGCUCAAGCGCUGGGCCGACAAGGCGCGCGCGCGCCACGCCGUCGAGCUGCGCUGGGAGGGCGGCGUGCUCGGCUGCCUCGCCGACGGCUACGACGUGCACUACGGCGCGCGCUCCAUCAAGCACGAGGUGGAGCGGCGCGUGGUGAACCAGAUCGCGCUGGCGGCCGAGCGCGGCGCGCUGGCCCGCGGCUGCAGCGUGCUGCUCACCGAGCGCGCCGGCCGCGUGGCCCUCGCCGUGCGCCGCCCGCCCAGCCCCGACUACACGCCCGUCGACCUGCACGCCGCAUGAAGACGAAUGAAGCCCCUAAAACAAAACAUCGUAAGGGUGCAGCUGUCAUUCCGAGCUAGCGCCAGCCUCCACGGCGUGACGUCACCGUGCUGGACCGGGUACGUCACUCCUUGUUACCGACGACCGCGAAUUGACCAAAGAACGCACCGGUCUAUAUUUUAUUAGGUUAUUACGUAACUCAGUAGCCGCAUAAUAUAUUCUUAUUCAGAAA